GGCUCUACAACGUCUUUCCGUACACGUGAUGGACUGUCAUGGAAGCCCCCGCACGCAGAUAUAAACUGUAAAGGCACCGGAUCAUUUGGUAGUUUUGUGUUCUUGGUUUGUAGACAUGAGGGACUUGCUCCGACUGCGGCUUUCGUUUGCCCGCCUUCAUGUCCGGUUAUGUCAUCAAAGUGUGUACAACAGCCACGCUAAGCUAAGAAGAUUGGAAGUGGACCUUGGGGAAAAGAAACUUGAGAUUUCUUCUGGGAAGUAUGCCCGGUUCGCUGAUGGAUCAGCUGUAAUACAGUUGGGGGAUACCUCUGUGAUGGCGACUGCUGUAAGCAAGACCAAGCCUUCUCCAUCUCAGUUCAUGCCUCUUGUGGUGGACUACAGGCAGAAAGCAGCUGCUGCAGGACGAAUCCCCACAAACUACUUGAGGCGAGAGCUGGGCACCACCGACAAUGACAUCCUCACCAGCAGACUAAUAGACAGGUCGAUUAGACCACUUUUCCCCCCUGGUUACUUUUACGACACACAGAUCCUUUGUAAUCUGCUAGCAGUUGAUGGUGUCAAUGAUCCAGAUGUGCUUGCUAUAAAUGCAGCUUCCGCUGCUCUGGCACUUUCUGACAUCCCUUGGGAUGGACCCAUUGGUGCCGUGCGUGUGGGCAUGGUAGAUGGACAGCUGUUGAUCAAUCCCACCAGGGUAGAAAUGACUUCCAGUAGUCUUAACCUGAUUGUGGCUGGAGCCCCGAGCAGUCAAGUUGUGAUGAUAGAGGCGUCAGCUGAGAAUGUGCUGCAGCAGCACUUCUGCCAUGCGGUGAAGGUGGGAGUCAAACACACCCAGCAGAUCAUACAUGCAAUCCAGCAGCUGGCGCGAGAACAAAAGGUCACCAAGCGUACCCCAGUCAAGGACUUCUCAACCCCGACUGACAUGGUGGAACAUGUUCGGCAAUUAGCUUCUGAGAGGAUAUAUGCAGUAUUCACUGAUUUCAUGCAUGACAAGAUUUCUAGAGAUGAAGCUAUCAACAAAAUUCGUUUAGAUACAGAAGAGGACCUAAAAGAAAAAUUCCCUCAUGCUGAGCACUUUGAAGUCAUUGACUCCUUCAACAUUGUGAGCAAAGAAAUCUUCCGCAAUUUAGUGCUUAAUGAGUACAGGAGGUGUGAUGGAAGAGAAUUGACUGCUUUAAGGAAAAUUUCCUGCGACAGAGACCUGUUUCAGCCGCUCCAUGGCUCUGCCCUGUUUCAGAGAGGACAAACACAGGUGCUGUGCAGUGUCACAUUUGAUUCGCUGGAAUCCAGUAUCAAGGCAGAUGUCAUCACCACAGCUUUGAGUGGAAUCAAAGACAAAAACUUCAUGCUUCAUUAUGAGUUCCCUCCAUAUGCAACCAAUGAAAUUGGAAAGAUGGGAGGCCUCAAGAGGAGAGAGCUUGGUCAUGGGGCCUUGGCUGAGAAGGCUCUGAGACCAGUCAUUCCUAAAGACUUUCCAUUCACUAUCAGGGUCACUGCUGAGGUCUUAGAGUCAAACGGAUCCUCCUCGAUGGCUUCAGCAUGUGGAGGCAGCCUUGCACUAAUGGAUGCAGGUGUGCCCAUCUCUUCUCCUGUGGCAGGUGUAGCCAUUGGCCUCAUCUCCAAGGUCAACCUAGAGAAACCUACUGAGAUCCAAGACUACAGAUUACUCACUGAUAUUCUGGGAAUAGAGGAUUACCUCGGAGACAUGGAUUUCAAACUGGCAGGAACAAACAGGGGCAUUACUGCUUUACAGGCUGAUGUAAAGAUACCAGGUUUGCCUUUGAAGGUGGUUAUGGAGGCUAUCCAACAGGCCACAGUGGCAAAGAGGGACAUCUUGGAAAUUAUGAACAAAUGCAUAGUAAAACCUAGAGAGACUAGGAAAGAGAAUGGACCUGUUGUUGAAACUGUCCGGGUGCCUGUCUCAAGACGAGCUCGCUUUGUUGGCCCUGGGGGCUACAACCUCCGCAGGUUACAAGCUCAAACAGGUGUGACAAUUAGUCAGGUGGAUGAGGAGACUUUCUCUGUGUUUGCUCCAUCGCCUGGAGCUAUGAAUGAAGCUCAAGACUUCAUCAGUGAGAUCUGCAAAGAUGAUCAAGAACAGCAGCUGGAGUUUGGUGCUAUCUACACAGCCACCAUCACUGAAAUAAGGGAUACUGGUGUGAUGGUGAAACUUUAUCCCAACAUGAGUGCUGUCCUGCUGCACAACUCACAACUGGACCACAAACGGAUCAAACAUCCAAGUGCUUUGGGUUUAGAGGUGGGACAACAGAUACAGGUCAAGUACUUUGGACGGGACCCAACAGACGGUAGAAUGAGACUUUCACGUAAGGUGCUCCAGUCUCCUGCUGCAACUGUUGUCAAGACAAUGAGUGAGAAACAGAGCAUCUCUGUGGGGUUGAGCAAAAGCCACAUGACCAGCACUGAUUUGUGACAUGCCAACACAACAGGCUUAAUUCUGUGGAACUGACCAGACUUUUUUUUAAACAGUCGUUUAGAGAAAGAUCAUCAGAUUUUGUCACAAAUAGAAGCAGUGUUGUACAUGAAAAAUGUUACCCAAUUAAAAUGUAUCCCCAUGUCCUGCUUAUGUUAUGUUUUAAUGGAUGUGCCCAAACGUGUCUUAUUUUCACCUCAACAAGCAAUAUCAGUUGUAAGAGGGUUAGAUUUCCUUUUAGCUUCUCUCAACACAGGCAUCUAGCCACUUUUACGCAACAGACACAGUUCAACAAUUGAUCAAUGGUUUUGUUAUUUACAUGUGUGAUAAUAUGCCUCUUGUGGGACUUGCAUGUUUGGUGUCCCCUACCAGGAUUAAGAUAUGGGCAAAGGAAGAAUGAAUUAAAUUUUUCUUUCAAUAUUCA